GUAGAAGAGUCACACAGAGUCAGCAGAGAUGCGCUUUGGAGUCUUUCUUUCUGUGAUCUGUUUGCUGGUCCUCUGGGACACAGCCACUGGCCAGUUCCCAUCCUUUGGCCGAUGUCCGGACUAUGCGCCAGUGUCGGACUUCGACAAGGAGCGCUUCCUGGGCAUGUGGUACGAGCAGGAGCGCUACUUCACCCUCACCGAGUUGGGCUCCAAGUGCACCUCAAUGUACUUCGAGCGGCGCGCAGAUCAGAAACUCUACGCCAACAAUGGAAUCGUCAACAGAUUCACCAACGUGCAGAGAAUCGUGUCCGGACAGAUGACACUCUUCGGCCGCGGCACAACAGGAAAGUUCAACGUUCGCUACACAAACACGCCGAUCGCCUAUGACACGACAUUCAACGUGCUGGACACUGAUUACGACGGCUUCGCCGUGCUCUACUCCUGCAGCUCCAUCAUCCCCUUCGGCCACACUGACUUCGUCUGGCUGAUGACCAGGGACCGCCUGCCGGCCGGCGAGGUGCUGCAGCGCGCCUACGGCACACUGGACAAGUACAAGAUCUCGCGCACAUUCUUCGUGGAGACGGACCAGAAGGACUGCGACACGGUGGCGGCGCCGCAGGAGGCCUACGAUCCCACCGAGCCAUCGCAGCGGAGCGAGGCCGUCGAGGCCGAGCAGCCGCAGCCCGAGGAGGCGCUGCGGAAGGACGAGGAACCCGCCAAGGCGGCACCGGCGGAGGAGAUCAAGGAAGAGAAGAAUGCCACCGAAUAGAGCAAUACAGCAACUGAAUCUCUCCCCCUUCGAAACAUAAAAUCUACACACUCUCCUUUUUUUCCAUCUUGCGAUCAAUUGAAUAAAAAGAAGAGAUCAUUGAGCAC